CGUAACACCAAGAGCUCUGGUCUCUAUAUUAUACAUAGUCUUGUACUCAUCACCAGUACUACUACUACUCACCAUUCUUCUUCCUCCUCUUUAUUGUUAUUUCUUUCAGAGGAGGAGCAAGCAAAUGGCUUCUUCUAAUGGAAAUAAGAUCAUGCUUCUCUCUUUUCUACUUCUCUUCUUAUCAUCACUGAGCGUAAGUAGCAGUAGUAAGAGAACUAGAGCAGAAGAGGAAGAACAGCAUGAUAGGAUAUCAGCACUACCAGGACAACCCAAAGUUUCUUUUCAACAGUAUUCAGGUUAUGUUACUGUUAACCAAAAAUCCGGCAGAGCUCUGUUCUACUGGCUCACUGAAGCUGCUGUUCGUGAUCCUGUCUCUAAACCCUUAGUCAUCUGGCUCAAUGGAGGUCCUGGCUGUUCAUCAGUAGCUUAUGGUGCAUCGGAAGAAAUAGGUCCGUUCAGGUUAAACAAAACUGGUACGGGUUUAUACUUGAACAAGUUCUCAUGGAACUCCAUAGCCAACUUGCUAUUCAUCGAAAGUCCGGCAGGAGUCGGUUUCUCUUAUUCUAAUACAUCCUCGGACUUGUUGAACUCCGGUGAUCGGCGUACCGCAAAAGAUUGUCUUGAAUUCGUCAUCCAGUGGUUAGAACGGUUCCCUCGUUACAAGAAUCGGGAUGUGUACAUUACUGGAGAAAGCUACGCUGGUCACUAUGUUCCUCAGUUAGCCAGGGAGAUAAUGGCACACAACAAAAUCGCUAAACAUCCCAUUCAUCUCAAAGGAAUCAUGGUUGGAAAUGCGGUGACAGAUAACUACUACGACAACGUAGGCACCAUAACAUAUUGGUGGAGCCAUGCAAUGAUUUCAGAUAAAACGUACAGGCAACUACUCAACAAAUGCGAUUUUCAUAGGCAAAAGAAUUCAAACGAAUGCGAAACGUUGUACUCGUACGCAAUGGAUCAAGAAUUCGGAAACAUUGACCAAUACAACAUUUAUGCUCCACCAUGCAACAAGUCAGAUGGUAGCCAGAGGACGUUACGGUUGCCGCAUAGACCUCACCAGGUAUUUAGGCAAAUUUCAGGAUAUGAAGGAUACGAUCCAUGUACCGAAAAGUAUGCAGAAAUUUAUUAUAAUCGGCCUGACGUACAAAAGGCUCUCCAUGCAAAUACAACUAAAAUCCCUUACAAAUGGACUGCGUGCAGUGAAACUUUAAACCGAAAUUGGAACGACACGGAAGCAUCGAUGCUUCCAAUAUACAAAGAGAUGAUUGCUGGUGGAUUGAGAGUCUGGGUAUUUAGCGGCGAUGUUGAUUCAGUUGUGCCGGUUACUGCAACUAGAUUCUCGCUUGAGCGCCUCAAGUUAUCAGCAAAGAUACCAUGGUAUCCAUGGUAUGUCAAGAAACAGGUGGGAGGAUGGACAGAAGUAUAUGAAGGAUUAACAUUUGCAACAGUAAGAGGUGCAGGUCAUGAAGUUCCUCUUUUCAAACCAAGAGCUGCUUUUCAACUUUUCAAGUCAUUUUUGAAUGGAAUUCCUCUUCCGAAAUCAUCAAAUUAAGUGUUAAAAUUGUUGAUCUGUAGUAUAUAUGCUUCAUUCAUCCCGAUUUAGAAACAAUGUAUGUUUCAUUUACCAAAAAAAAAAUAGAAGGAAAAGCAAUGUUAGACAGCGAGAGAGGUUUCUUAAUUCAUAGUUUCACAUGUAAGCUUAUAUUUGUUAUGAAUUCUUUGUUUAGCAGUGUUUUGAGAACCAGACCGGACUUGCCGAUUGUACCGGUAAGCCGGUGACCCAGUAAAACAAUGGUUUGCUGUCA